AUGGGGCGCCCCUGCCAGGCCCGGCGGAUGUUGGCCCGGGAGCCCCACUGCACGUGGUGCGACAAGUCCUCCCCCGCCGAGCAGUGGGCCCCGCUCUGCCCGGGGAAACAGGGGCGGCUCCUCCAGGUGCCCCCUUUCCCCAUCUCCCCCAGCCUGGGCUCUGGGUGUGGGAGCAGCGAGGGCACCGCCCCUCCUGUCUCUCCAGGUGGGAGCCUCCCGCAGGUGCAGCCGGGGGACAGCACAGGCCGGGGUUUCAGCCACACGACGGCGGUCCCGGCGCCUUUAGCCCCGGUUCAGGCGCCUCCCGGAGGGAACUGUCCCCGCGGGGCUGGGGCUGGAGGUAGGGCUUGCAGGUUCGCCGGCGAGGACCGACCUGCCGCGUCCCGCAGGAGGCAGCUCCUCGUCCCCGCGCCGGGCAGGGACGCCGCCGGCGCCGAAAUCCUCCUGCGAGACGUGGGUAACGUGGUGCGGUGCGUGGAAAAUAGGAUUCUGAAAUUGGAUCGAUACUGGGAGGAGAAUGGAUGGAAAAGUUCACCCUGCGGUGCAUUCACUGCGGGUGCCGCUGUGAGCGGGGCGCCUGGGGAGGCGGGAGGCUCCGCUCACUCGGCAGCACUUGGCGGUCCCCCGGGAAGCCUGGGGCAGCGCCUCCAUUCGAAGCUGCCCGAGACUGCUGCUGCGCUGAAGCGGACAAUAGAAGCCCUGAUGGACCGGGGGGCGAUCGUGAGGAACUUGGAGAACCUGGGGGAGCGGAUGCUUCCUUAUCGGAUCUCUGCCCACAGCCAGCGGCACAACAGAGGCGGGUAUUUCUUGGUGGAUUUUUAUGCACCAACAACAACUGUGGAAAGCAUGCUGGACCACUUGUCUCGAGACAUUGACGUCAUCAGACCUAAUAUUGUGAAACACCCUCUGACCCAGGAAGUAAAGGCGUGUGAGGGGAUUGUCCCGGUCCCACUUGAAGAAAAACUGUACUCCACCAAGAGGAGGAAGUGAGGUGCUCCAGAGUUCAGCCUGCUGUUCAGUCCUCUCACUUCUGAGCAUCGCGGAUGAGUCAUUCACAGCCUGACCUUUACAUAAGUGUGCCAGCUGCCAUGGGAGGGUCUGGGGGUUCUUGGCUCUUGGUCCCCUUUGUGGGGAGAGGUGGGGGAUGGCUGGCUGGGAGCCUCUAUGUAUCUGCUGGUGCCACUGUCCCAGUCAAAUACAUCUUUCUUGAUUUUGUUAAAGUAAAUGUAAUUUUUUUGCCCUAUAAUACUUAACACCAUUUUGGAGAACAAAACUUACAAAACUAUCUCGGAUUGUGAGCUAAUCAUUCAUACUGUAUAACCAUGCAAAAUAAAAUAUUCAGAUUGUAAAAUCA